CGAUAAGGAACACCACGGAGCAAUGCUAAACCAGCUACUCAGUGAACUACGCCAUCUUAUCAGCUUGCAUAUACAAACGGAUGAAGGAUGUCAUAUAGAAAUCAACACAACAAAGGACUUCCCAUAUCAUAACACCCUUCAGUCAUUGACUUUACAUGGAACUUGGCCAAGGGGGAACGACAUAUCUGAAUUUCCAAUUUAUCUCACCAAGAUUGAACUCCGUGAUUCUGAAUUGAAGGAAGACCCAAUGCCCAAAUUAGAGAGGCUACAAUACCUUGUCACUCUCAAAUUCUUUGCAUCUGUAUAUUUUGGGAAAACCAUGGUAUGCUCUGCAGGUGGAUUCCCUAUGUUGGAAAGUCUAUUCAUUACCAAUUGGUAUCAUGACAAAAAAGGAAGGUUCGGAGUGCAUAUGUGGGAGGCAAUGCCCAAUCUUGAGGAGUGGAGCAUAGAGGAAGGUGCAAUGCCAAAACUUACAUUCCUACGAUUAACUUCAUGCGAGAAACUGAAAAUGCUUCCAGAUUUUCAUCAUGUGACGAGCCUUCAGAAAUUGGAGUUGUAUGGCAUGUCUAAAGAGCUCAUCCGCAGGACAAGGAGGGAGGAUUUGCACAAGAUUCGGCAUGUGCCAAAAAUCUGCCGUUGUACUAGAACAGGGCCCUUAAAAACUGGCCGCCGGUAUGACACAGACGAAGGUGAGCUUUUAGAUGCUGGAGAAGGCAUUUCCACGGUCGAGAAGGGUGACGAGGAGGUCAGAGCCGAGGACAAGGCGGAUAACCAGGAGGUCAGAGCCGAGGAAGAGGAUUAAGACUAGGGUGAUGCUUUGUCUGAGGAUGACGAGGAGGUUGGAGCGGUGAUGAGGAUUAAGACGAAGGUGGUACCCUGUCUAUCUUAAAGUUCCAUUGAAAUUGGUGUUUUUCG